GUAAUUUAAUCCUCUGGUUGUCCUGUACAUGCUGCAGAACUGACAAUGAAGCUGACUUUGACUAAAUGUUACAGAACCCAUUUCUAACAGUUAUAAAUACUUAAAGUGAGCUAGCUGUAUUUUUUUUAACAGUUUGUUGUAUUUAAGGGUUACGGUUUAGAUUGGGGGUGGGUUGUUGUAAGAGGAGAUUGUUUCAGCAGGUCUGACUCAUGUUUUUGAGGGUUAUAUCGGCCCAGCCCACAAUGUCCCAAGAGAAGAGCAUGUUUAGCACCACUGACGGUACUAAUGUCCGUCCACCCGGCCUUUUCCCUUCCUGUUUUCACACUUUUUCUCUUCCCUGCAGCUGAGAGGAUGACGGGGAAGAAUCCUGGAUCUCUGGACAGGCUGUAACAACAGAAAAAGCAGUGAUCGUGGCAGCCUGUCCAGCUCCUGUAUGACCUUUCUGUCUGCUGUGGAGCUUACCAUGAGUUAGCGAGCAUCAGAGACCGCCACCACCCCUGCAAUCACCAGCAUCUGGAGCACAGCGUUGGAAGACAGCUGCAUCACUCGUCCUACUUCAUGAGCCAGCAAGAUGCGGCUGAGGUCCUCGCACUCUCCGAGCGCCUCCUCAUAGCUUCACACAAGGGACAAGCUGACAAUGUGGUCCAGCUAAUCAACAAGGGUGCAAAAGUAGCUGUUACCAAGUAUGGCAGAAGUCCUCUGCACUUGGCUGCCUACAAAGGCCACAUGGAGGUCGUGCGUGUCCUCCUGAAAGCGGGCUGCGACCUGGACAUCCAAGAUGAUGGAGAACAGACUGCUCUGCAUCGUGCUGCUGUGGUGGGAAACAGCGACGUUGUCAGAGCUCUCAUCCAGGAAGGAUGCGCCCUGGACAGGCAGGAUAAGGACGGCAACGCGGCCCUUCAUGAGGUUUCCUGGCACGGUUUCAGUCAGUCCGUCAAACUGCUGGUGAAGGCUGGAGCCAACGUCCACGCCAAAAACAAGGCUGGGAACACAGCGCUCCACCUUGCAUGCCAGAAUGGUCACGCUCAGAGCUCCAAGGUUCUGCUCCUGGGAGGCUCCAGGCCCGACAGCAAGAACCAUGCAGGUGAUACGUGUCUGCAUGUGGCCGCUCGCUACAACCACGUGGCGACGAUCCGGAUCCUGCUGGGAGCGUUCUGCUCCGUCUCCGACAAGAACCUGGUCGGGGAUACUCCGCUACAUGUGGCCGCCGCUCUGAAUCAUAAGAAGACUGUCCAUCUGCUGCUGGAGGCUGGAGCAGACAGUCACAUCUGCAACAAUGCAGGUCAGACAGCCUUGGACCAGGCUAGAGAUCACAACAACCCAGAGGUGGCUCUUCUUCUCACCAAAGCUCCUCAGGUCCAGAGCUUUGUGCGUGGAAGGAGUGUGAGGAAGAGGCGGGACAAGCUGAAGGCAGAAGGCAGGGCUCAGUCGGUUCCCAGAGGUGAAAUGUUACCCUGCAAGGACAGCCCAUCUGGUGCAGACGACAGCCAGAGCAGCGACAGAGCAGCCUGCAGGCGAGCCGAGCCGACCCAGUCCAGCACCAGGAAGGGCAAGACCCGGAAGCAGAAAGAAAAGCCCUCGUUGUCCGACCCUCUUCGUCGCAGAGAGACCAGGCACAGUGAAGCCAUUCACAAAAGGAAAAGUAAGCUGCAAGGAGCAUUUCCUCAUUCAUCAGUGCCUCCACACAACUAUAAAGCUUAUCAGCUCUACACGCUGUACCGUGGCAAAGAUGGCAAGAUCAUGCAGGCUCCUCUGAAUGGCUGCCGCUGUGAACCUCUCAUUAAUAAACUGGAAAACCAGCUGGAGGCCACCAAGGAGGAAAUGAAGACUGAGAUCCUCACUGUUCAAGACCUGAUGAACAACAAGAUGGGCCAGCUGGACCGCAAGAACAUACACCAGAUCCGAGCUCUGGAUAAGAUGAUGGUGGAGAGGGUGUCUGCAGAGAGGAGCGAGUGUCUGCAGAGGAUGGAGGAGUGGGCCCUGCAGGAGCGACUGGAGGCUGAGAAGAGACAGCAGGCGUCUCUAGUCAGUGACCUGAAGAGCUGGUGUUUGUCCAAACUGCAGAACAUGGAGUUUCGCAUCACCAGGGACCCCGGCACCACCAAGCUCCAGCGCUGCUCCUCUCUAUCUGAAGGUCUGAACAAAGUAGGCAGAGACGACCACACCCUGCCUCCUGCUGAACAGGUCUGCACAGAUCUCCACAACAACCCUACGCUCCUGGAAUCUGGCCAAGAGGAGCCCAGUGUGGCGGACAGCGGAACAGCCAGCCACUACUUUGUGGUUCAUGUGGAAAGCUCUCCAGAUGCUGAUAAGGCUCAUAAAGAGGAAGUUACCUCUCUAGCAGCAGCAAAGAGCCCACUGUCCUCCGUCCAGGUGGUUCGGCCAAAGGAGCGUCCAGUGAUCUCUGCAGAGGCCCUGAGGAAGAAGCCGGACCUGCAGAGCGUGGAGGAGAGUGGGGGAGGCCGCCACAGAGCCAGCAGCCUGUCUCCAUCCACAGAGCGGCGCUGCAGCAGCAAGACCGAAGCAGGGCUCAGAGACCGGGAACGUGGCCGCGGCAGAGGCAGGCACCACAAGAAGCACUCCCAGACCAGGACUAGGUCCAAAGGGCAUGCAGGGGUCAGGACCCUGGAGGUUUUUGGAGACCAGCCCAGUGGAUCCUCCUUUGUUCAGGAGAGGGACAACAUGCAUGCUAUGGAAGUGACCCAGUACUUCUUCGAGGCGGUGUCAACGCAGAUGGAGCGCUGGUACGAGAGGAAGGUGCAGGAGGCUCGCUGGCAGGCCGAUCAGAGGGCUCAGGCUGAUAAAGCUGCUCUGGUGGAGAGGAUCGCGUAUUUAGAGGAUGAGCUGCGCAUGCUGAGGACUAACCCACACAAUGACUGCUAACACACACCUCGUCUGGCUCUGAGAAAUGAAUAAAACACUACCCAGACACAUGCAAGGUCACAUUUCAUUCACUGGAUAAGAAGUGCUGUUACAGAGAGGAGCUCCAGCCCCAAUCCCAAAAACAUGUAGACACAAAGCAGGAUCCCCUCAGCCCUCUUUAUCCCCAGUAGACCAUAAACAACAUGUCAGAUGAUGAAACAGAGACAUUUUACCAUGGAUGGAAAAUAUCUUCAGAUUUCAGACAACUUUAUUAACCCUUUUGGGACAUUUCCUCAGAGAAAUGGAAGCAACCCCCGCCGUGUUUUACUAUCAGGAAAAAAUAAAAAGAAGAAUAAUAUGAAAAUAUAGUAGCUAUA